AUGCCUGGCGGUCCCGUUGCAACCGGCGCCGGUAUCGGUGUCUCCGGCGGCAAGAACAAGCUCGCCGGAAUCUUCAUGACCGCCUUCGCCGCCUUUGGUGGUAUCCUCUUUGGCUACGACACCGGUGUCAUCUCCGGCAUCAAGGAGAUGAAGGACUUCCUCACCGUCUUCGGUGUGCCCACCACCAACGUCGCCACCUACCCGUUCGGCUACUUCCUCCCCUCCUCCCGCGAGUCCCUCAUCGUCUCCAUCCUCUCCGCCGGUACCUUCUUCGGUGCUCUCCUCGGCGCUCCCGUCGCUGACAUCUUGGGCCGUCGCCUCGGCAUCGUCGCCUCAUGCCUCGUCUUCUGCCUCGGUGUUGCCCUCCAGACCGCCGCUCUCACCAUCCCCACCUUCGUCGUCGGCCGUGUCUUCGCCGGUCUCGGUGUCGGUCUCGUCUCCACCCUCGUCCCCAUGUACCAGUCCGAGUGCGCCCCCAAGUGGAUCCGUGGUGCCAUCGUCGCCGGCUACCAGUGGGCCAUCACCAUCGGUCUCCUCCUCGCCGCCGUCAUCAACAACGCGACCAAGGACUUUGACAACCACUCCGCCUGGCGCAUUCCCAUCGCCAUUCAGUUCAUCUGGGCUUUCGUCCUCGUCGUUGGUAUGCUCUACCUCCCCGAGUCUCCUCGCUGGCUCGUCAAGAAGGGCCGUGACGUUCAGGCCGCCGCCUCCCUCGCCCGCAUCACCUCCCUCUCCAAGGACGACCCCGAGAUCGAGAGUGAGUUGAACGACAUCCGUGCUGCCCUCAAGGAGGAGCAGGACCGCGGCGAGGGUUCAUACGCCGACUGCUUCAAGCCCUCCCACAACAAGAUCCUCCUCCGUACCCUCACCGGUAUCUUCAUCCAGGCGUGGCAGCAGCUCACCGGUAUCAACUUCAUCUUCUACUACGGCACCACCUUCUUCCAGAACUCGGGCAUCUCCAACGCCUUCCUCAUCUCGAUUGCCACCAACAUCGUCAACGUGUUCGCUACCCUCCCCGGCAUGUGGGGUGUCGAGCGCUUCGGCCGUCGUUCCCUCCUCCUUUGGGGUGCCGCGCUCAUGUGUGUCUGCGAGUACCUCGUCGCCAUCAUCGGUGUCACCAUCUCGAUCGAGAACCACGCCGGCCAGCAGGCGCUCAUCGCCCUUGUCUGCAUCUACAUUGCUGGCUUCGCGUCCACCUGGGGUCCGAUCGCCUGGGUCCUUACCGGCGAGAUCUUCCCGCUCAACGUUCGUGCUAAGGGCAUGUCCAUGUCCACCGCCUCCAACUGGCUCUGGAACUUCGCCAUCGGUUACGCCACCCCCUACAUGGUCAACACCGGCCCUGGCAACGCGGGCCUCGGUGUCAAGGUGUUCUUCAUUUGGGGCUCGACUUGCGCUGGAUGCUGGGUCUUCACCUACUUCUGCGUGCCAGAGACCAAGGGUCUCUCGCUCGAGCAGAUCGACCUCCUCUACCAGAACUCGACCCCUCUCACCUCCCGGCGCUACCGCGAGGAGAUCCUUGCCCAGGACAUCCACGUCGGCGACAUCAAGGAGGACCACCAGCACCACGACCACGUCGACGAGAAGACGCAGGAGACCGUGUAA